AUGGAAGAGGUCAUGCAAAAUGCAACAGAGCUUUCCGAAGCUGGAGUUAGCUUUGAAAAGGUUGACACAAGUUUAUUUGAUAUAAAGUUGGUGAAUGGAUUGAUGGAAAUCCCUUGUUUUACAGUGGAAGAUGGUACAGAAAGCCUCCUGCAAAAUCUCAUUGCUUAUGAGCAACAAUCAUCUGAUGUAGACCCUACAUAUUUCAGUGAUUAUGCAAGUUUCAUGGAUCAACUUAUAGACUCAGACAAAGAUGUGAAUUUGCUUUGCCAAAACGGAAUCAUAAUGAACUGGUUAGGAGAGGAUAAAGAAGUGGUUAGCCUCUUCAACAAAAUCGGAAAUGGGGUCACUAUGUAUCCGGAUGACUUCUAUUACAAAGAAGAAAUCAGAAAAACAAUUGAACACUGUGAAAAACCAUGGAACAGAAUGAAGGCAAAUUUGAAGCACAAUUAUUUUAGUAGUCCUUGGGUAGGAGCUUCAACUGUGGCGGCCAUUAUACUCCUCAUACUCACAGCUACACAAACUAUUCUAGCUUUCAGAGGUCCCGUUAUGUAA